AUGUAUAUUGGAAGCAACUUAUUUCGCCGAGACUUUGGCGACAACGUGAAAUCUACUGCCGAUUCAUUCAAGUCAUGGGAUACUUGUAUGGACAAUAAAACCUGCAAAAUUGUUGCAAUUGUCGGUAUAGUAUUGGCUGUUUUGGUCGCUUUAUGGGCCAUAUCAACGAUUAUUCAGUGUUUGUGCAUGGGAGUCAAUUGCUUGGAAGCAUUGUGCUGUUGCUGUUGUCGCUCUUCGAAGCCUGUGGUUUACCAAGAGAAACAAAGUCCAUAUAAUAAUCCUAAUAUGUACCAGCCGGUGGCUGCACCCAUGCGAUAUGGACCGCAGCCCGCAUACCAAGGACAAAGAGCAUAUGAUGAUGGACCGCAGCCUUCGUACCAGGGACGAGGAGCCUAUGAUGAUGAGAAUCCAUUUAACGAAAGACAACAUGCUAGAUAUUGA